AUGGCAUCAGCGCUUCCUCUUUUGCUUCAGCUUGGCCUGACUGCAGCAUUUCAACCUGGUUCAGUCGAUACUAUCUUGUCCGACGAUCGGCAACAGACAUCACAUUACAGUAGUCCAACGAGGAUGAUGAUACCACAACGAGGAUCACAUAAUCACCGACUUUCGAUAUACCAACGGUCAGCUACUGCUUCUGAUGAAACAGAAGAUUCAUUGAUAGACGAAGAAAAACAGGUUUCCUCACAAUAUGACUGGGAUGAACAAUUUGAGAUACUCCAAUCGUUCAAGGAGGAAUACGGGCACUGUAACUUUCCCCAGAACAAUGCACCAGCAGUGGAGCUCGAAAAUCAAUAUCCAACUCUGGCAAAGUUUUGUCCGGACCAGCGCGGCGAAUCCAAGAAAAAGUUGUCCAGUCCUCAACGUCGUCGACUAGAGGAGCUUGGAUUUGAAUUUAAUCGCAGAUAUGCUCGAUGGUAUGACACGUACCAUCAACUCAUUCAGUAUCGCAAUGACAAUGGACAUUUGCGAGUGACGAACAAGGAAAACAGAAAACUAUAUAGAUGGAUCAGAACGCAGUGCAGUAGACGGAAAGGGACCAAAGGGUAUUCAAAAAUUUCCGAUGCUCAAAUUGAGCUGUUGGAAAACAUCGGUUUCGAGUGUGAGCCGAAGUCGGAACGUGAUGAGUCAUGGAUGAAGACAUACAAAGAGCUUGUUGACUUUCGUAACAAACAUGGGCAUUUAUUGGUCGAGCCGGAUGGGAAGCUAGCUUUAUGGAUGAACAUGCAACGGUGGCGAUGUGCCGGAAAUUCCUACAGGUAUUCUCCUCUCUCCGACGAGCAAAUUGGAUUAUUGAAUGAAAUUGAAUUCCCAUGGCAACCAGAGCGGCAUGACUUGAAAUGGCACGCCAAAUACAAGGAGCUUGAAGAGUUCCAAAAGGAGUAUGGGCACUGUCGGCCGAGUACAUUGCAAGAUCGCGCCCUCUCUACGAAUGGUCAAGUACACAACGCAAGAAACGUCAUAAGGGCUCUCUUUCCAUCCAGCAAAUCCAAAUGCUGGACAAGAUUAACUUCUCUUGGGAAAGCAAACGUCAGCGAAGAUGAAUAUCCAGAGCUCUACGAAUGGAUGAGAUUGCAACGGAAACGUUAUCACGGGAUCAUCGAGAAACAGCCAAUGCCAGACAAACAAAUCGACGAAAUGGAAGCGGUCAACUUUUGCUGGUCACUAGAUUGGAAGGAAUGGGUGUGGUAUGAAAAGUAUACGGAAGCAGCCGAGUUCUAUAAGGAACACGGUCAUGUUCGGGUCCAAGAGAAGGAAAAUCCCAGUCUCUACAAUUGGAUUGCAACACAAGGAAAGAGGUACGAGGGAACGAAGGGUCAAAAACCACUAUCGGACGAGGAAUUGGAACUAUUGGAGCAGAUUGCCUUUGCUUUCUUUGAUAACCAGCCUCGCAUGGCUUGGAAUGCAAUGUAUGUCAAACUAGACAGUUAUCGAGAGGAAAAUGAUGGGCAGUUUCCUACUCACCAAGAUGACCCGGAACUGAACCGUUGGAUGAGGCAACAGCGCAAGAGACUUAGAAGUGAGUAUGGAUAUGUUGCACUGUUGAACGAGCAAAAGUCGAUGUUGGAGAGUAUCGAUUUUCCUAUGUUGCCAAUCGGGAAACACAGGCGCCUGUGGUAUGAAAAGUACGAUGAGCUAGUUGAGUUUCGGGAGCAACAUGGGCACUUUCUGGUUGAUCGAACCGGAAACCCUGGUCUUUAUAAAUGGAUUGCCAAGCAGCGCACGAUAUACACAGGGAGGACUCUUCCGACCAACAGGCCACUAUUCAAAUCAGAGCGGUAUCUCUUGGAUCGAAUUGGCUUACCAUGGACAUCGGAUCGUUACGAAGUGGAGUGGCAAAUGAUGUACAAGGAGCUUGUUCAAUUUCAACAGGAACAUGGGCAUACACAAGUUACAAUUGUGGACUACCCAGCCCUCUGCGCGUGGAUGUCGUUCCAAAGAGAAAGGUAUAAAAAACUAGACCUUUCUAGCAUGCCACAACACCAAAUUGAGCAAUUGAACAAGAUUGGUUUUCGCUGGAGGGCAAUAGACGAGGUCGACAUUGAGUGA